AUGAUUAACGUGCCAUACCGCAAUGCCGUUGGAUGCCUAAUGAAUUUGAUGGUGGGCACACGCCAAGAUCUGGCAGCUGCGGUGGGAGCGCUUAGUCAAUUUGCAGCUGAUCCAUGCCCAACGAAUUGGCAAGCUUUAAAGCGAGUUCGAUACAUUAAUGGCACAAGGACUUUUGGCAUAGCGUUUCAAGCCGAUGGCUUACAUGAACUUGUGGAAUUUCAGAUGCGGAUUGGACUGGUGAUGUCGAGUCAAAAAGAAGCACAUCAAAAUCCGUCCAUAUCUGCCAGCUCGCGCUCGAGCAACGCCUUAUCACUGUUGAUGGUCAGUUCGUCAAAUUCAAUAUCGUCCACAUUCAUGUCAGACGGACGGAUUUUUGGAAGUGGCUACGUAUUUAUGAAGAGCGGCGGUACGAUAAGCUGGAGAAGCAAGAAACAGCGCACAGUGGCUUUUUCGUCGACCGAAGCCGAGUACAUGGCACUUUCAGAAGCGGCUCAAGAAGCAGUAUGGCUCAAGAUGUUCCUAGGUGUAUUCGGUGAGAUGAAACAAAGUGAUGCUGUCAAGAUCUACGAGGACUUUCAAGGGUCAAUUGCGCUUGCUAAAAAUCCUGAGUCUCACAAGCGGGCAGAACACAUUGUAUACGAUAUCAUUUUGUAUGCGACAAAGUUGAAGACGGCGAAGUAG